AUGGAUAUUCUAAGCUCUCCCAACAUUACUCUUAGUUCUGUGUACCUACUAAAACAUAAUGAUGUCAGAAGUACAUCUACAACAACAGCUGUGAUAGACAACAAAAAUGGGUCUGUGCCCAAGUCCCCUGGAAAGGUGCUGAAGAGGACUGUCACAGAAGACAUCGUGACAACCUUCAGCUCUCCUGCAGCCUGGCUUCUGGUCAUCGCUCUGAUAAUCACAUGGUCAGCAGUUGCUAUCGUUAUGUUUGACUUGGUGGAUUACAAAAACUUUUCAGCAAGCUCCAUUGCCAAGAUUGGCUCAGAUCCUCUAAAGUUCGUAAAUGAUGCUGUGGAGGAAACCACUGACUGGAUCUAUGGCUUCUUUUCUUUGCUUUCUGACAUCAUCUCAUCUGAAGGUGACGAGGAGGAUGAGGAUGCAGAUGAAGACAUUGAUAAAGGAGAAAUAGAAGAACCUCCCUUAAAAAGAAAAGAAAUACACAAAGAAAAGCCUGAAAAGCAGGAGAAACCUGAGAAGAAAAUACAAACUAAAGUUUCACAAAGAGAAAAGGAAAAAGGAAAAGAAAAAAUCAAAGAAGGAGAAAAACCUGAUAAGAAAGCAACCCACAAGGAGAAACUUGAGAAAAAAGAAAAAGGAGAGACAAAGACAACAGCAAAAGAAGAGAAGAAAGUUAAGACUAAGGAAAAGACUGAAGAAAAGACCAAGAAGGAAAUGAAAGUCGGGAAAAAGGAGAAAGGGAAGCCAGCAGCUGCAAAAGUGAAAGAAACUCCUUCAAAAACCCCACCAAAAGCCAGAGAGAGGGAUGACAAAGAGACCACAGCUGUGCCUGAGCAUGAACAGAAAGAUCAGUAUGCAUUCUGUCGAUAUAUGAUUGACAUGUUUGUCCAUGGGGAUUUGAAACCAGGACAAAGCCCAGCCUUACCACCACCGUCACUGAAAACACCAGUUUCUAGACCUGCUCUGUCAACACCGGCUCCUGAAGAAAAAGAAAAAGAGGAGGCAAAGAAAGCAGAGAAGAAAGUUACUUCUGAAACAAAAAAGAAAGAAAAAGGAGAAGCCAAAAAGAAAAGUGAGAAGGAACCCAGCACUGAUGUGAAAAGCAAAGAGCCAGGCAAAUCUCCUGAAGCCAAACAAACAACUGCAAAAGUCACAGCACAAGCAGCAGCUAAAAAAGAUGAGAAGAAAGAAGAUUCCAAGAGAACGAAAAAAACUCCAGAAGAACAACCCAAGGAAAAAAAACAGGAAAAGAAAGAAAAGCCCAUAGAACCAGCAAAGUCACCGAAAAAGGAACAUCCAGCUCCAAGUGAAAAACAUGGGAAAACAAAAGCUGAACGAUCCAAAGAAGAGAUUGCUGCUGCCUCUACCAAAAAGGCCGUGCACGGAAAGAAAGAAGAGAAAUCCAAGACAGUGGAGCAAGGCAAAGAUGCAAAGCCCAAACCACCACAGCCACAAGUGAAAAAAGAAGAGAAAUCAGAACACGAUGAUCCCAAACCAGAGCAAGUUACUCCUCAUGGUAAACCAGAACAGAAGGUUUUCAAGCAGGUAAAAGCUAUCACAGCGGAAAAGACAGAAAAAGCUGAUCCUCGAGAUAAAGAGCCUCAGUCUAUUAAAACAGAAGGAACAUCAGAAGUCACAGACUCAGGGAAGAAGAAAACUGAAAAAUCUGAAAAGGAAAAUAAAGAAGAUUCCAAAGACACAUCAGCUUCAAAGAAAGACAAAGAUUCCAAAGACGCACCAGUUUCAAAGAAAGACAAAGAAGUAACUGAUGAUGUACCUUCCCCAAAGAAGCAAAAAAGUCCGAUCAGUUUCUUCCAAUGUGUCUACUUGGAUGGAUACAAUGGCUAUGGAUUUCAGUUUCCUGUCACUCCUGCCCAACGUCCUGGAGAGAACUCUGGGAAACCCAACUCUCCAGGACAGAAACAACAAGGACAAUAG